CUAUUUUCUUUUUUUUUUGAGGUUGAGCACGCUUUUACAGCGACGCACUUGCUCCAGGCACUUUGUGAAAUAAUCGUUGAAGGAUUUCUUUGGAUUUUUUUGGGACAAAAAUCUUGAGCCCUCAGGGGGAUCUUUUCGAUUCGCGGGAGAGGAUCUGGGGAUUUUUAGGCCCUCGGGGAUGGGGGAGAAUGUGACCUUCCGCAACAAGUUAAAUAUUCAUGGACGAUCUGGCAUUGUGUGUCAUCAGGGACAGUUUAAUUAUUGUCUCAACAUUUAUUAUUAUUUUUAGUGAAGGUAGAACAGUAGUACGACAUUUUGCGUAAAUUGAUACGCUCGGACCACCUUGACCUCUAUUGCAUUUUUCCAGUGACAGAAAUUUUUUUUCAUCGGGAUAAUUUUAUUUAAAUUUAUCGUGAUUGUGAAUCCAACUGUUUCAGCAGCGGCUUGCCCCAAAACUACUGGAAAUUCCUCGAUCACCACGAUGAACUCAAAAGAAAAACCCACAAAACCUCGUAAUGAAAUUGACCUGGACAUGGACGAAGCCCCAAACGACAAUCGUUCACCAGAGGGUCCUCGUAAGCCCCCAAAGAUUCAAAACGGCGGUGAUCAACACAAACUCAACAACAACCUGGGUGAGGACUCCCCAAGAUGUUCUUCAAAGUCCCCAGGAAUUUCCAAUGGUUCUCCAGCUGAGACAUCCUCUCGAUUCAAACCCCUGACGAACGCCAAUUUCUCCACGACCCACUCUUUGCCAAGUUCUACUUCCACAUCUUCCGGAGGUCAUCCCCACGACGACGUGGACAUGAGGAACAACGUGGACUACGUGUGUGGCAUAAACAAGUGCCCCCCAAAGGUUUCCUGCAGCUCUAGCUCGAGCCCAGAGGAUUACGUGUCUGAUGGUGUUCUGAAUAAUAUCGGGGGCUGCAUUGGCUCGACGAGUCAAGGCACCUGUGGGUUCCUCAGGCCCAAUAUCAAUGGGAGCAGAGAGAUACCUGGACCCAGUGGAUUACAGCCUGGGUUACAACGAACACACAGAGAAAGACGAGACUCGAGCUCUGGAAACGAAGGGGACAUGUCUGAUGAGGAUUACUGUAUAUACACGUACAAGGGGAAUGACCAAGGCGAUGAGCGUGAUUACAGGGCACCUCCAGGUUUGGGAAGGGCACCUGAUGCCCAGGAAGUCGCUGGUCUACCCCUCAGUGGACCCUCCAGCCCUGAGAUGGACUUCCUUGAGAUGGAUUUUGAUCCUGGACCAUCCUGCGAACAAGACACUGGUGACAGUGAUCUUGCUUCCAUCAACGAGGACAUCCAGAAUAUCGCUAUGGAUCACGCUGAGGAUCACAUCUUUUUGAAUGACUUGAGUGGGGGCAAAGUAAUCUCCAAAAACACUGGUGGAACUGAGACUCCCAGACAGGAGCCAAAUGUUAGUUGCGAAGUCGAGAAUGAGAUGGAUAUGCCUUCGGGGAGUGGAACUCCUGGACCCCAGCCUUCAAUCUCAGUUUCUGGAGUACGAAGGCUGAGUACACCAGGUGUUCAACGAAAUCCUGGACUGCCCAUCAGGGAAUCCUAUGGGUACCACAACACCAGUGGAGAUUUAAUAUCGCCAGGUGAAAGCAGAGACGCUGACUCUGAAUUGUGGGCUGAUGCUGCAGCUGUUUCUUUGCCGGAAAACUCAGCCUUGAAUUCUCGAAAGGUGAAUCUUUCCUCGACGCUCUAUCAUCGAAUGAUGGCGAAGAAAUUAAUGCUCAAUAAGCAGACAGCGUUUAAUCAGAGUGGAGAUUCAAAUCUCGAGAGUGAAUUGUAUAAUGAGCGACUCGAUGGGCUUCUGCCAGUGGAAAAAGUCAUGCUCUGGAGUGAACAGGAGGCAACUGUCAAACAAGUCACCCAGAUUGCAACAUCUGCAUGUGGUGCAACUUCAGCUGUCAAUGUUUUACUCGCCCUCGAUGUGCCAUUCUCCCUUGAGGUUUUAGUCAAGAGCAUUGCAACUAGACAGCGUGAACCUGGCAGCCCUUUGCCAAGAUAUUUAGUCAGCAGAUCACAGGCGGGUGCCACUCACAGAGACCUCAUAAGGGGAUUAUCUCUCGCUACUAAUGGAGCUGUGGUCUCCAAAUUCUUUGCUUUCUAUCCCGAGAGAGCAAUAUCACUCUCACAUUGGUUACAUUACUGGAUUUCUAGGGGCGCAGCACCGAUAGCUACACUGAAUCUCCAAAAUUAUGGAACUGGAACAAAGAUUCCAGAUGCUUGGCAUCAUCAAAUGAUCUUUGGGGUUAGUCAGGCUGGCAUUUAUUUCACCAAUCCUCUAGAAUGUCUCCCUGAGCAGAUUGUGUGGCAUCAGUUGAUGAGCCCCAGUGUCCUGUUGAUUCGUCGAGCAGACGUUUUAGCACACUGGAACCCCACAACUGACUUGGCAAAACUUGCUCAAAUGGACCAUCGCUGGCGGAGGCUCAAUGUCCUUGGUCAGGUGGUGAAUAUGAUACGCGAAUCGAUGGACCAGAAACGUCCACCAAGAUUUCGUACCGCUGAUCCAACGCACAUUCGUAUCCCAGCAUCUUACAGCGCAGGAAUAACUCUAGUAAUGCGCUCUGAAGCUCCUGCGGCCGAGGAACUACUCAAUGCCGAGCAGCUUCCUCUACUCUAGUCCAAACUAAUUGCAGAGAUUAUUUCAAUCGUAAUGAAGUGACAAGUGAGAGAAGCUAAUGACUGGAAAAUGAUCGUUAAUGACGCACACAUUGUUGCCAGUCAGUGAUGCUUAUUCACCUCGAAUUGGGAUAAUUAUUGUUAAUAACUUUGAAAUUGUGGAGUCGAGUGGUGGAACAGAAAUUCCAAUUUUGAGAAAUAUUUCUGAAGUUAAAUUCCUAUUUAAGUCGUGUCCUAUUCCACCAUUCUACAACUGUACGGAAAUCUGACAUGAAUGAAUUAGAAUUUAGAAGUUACCAGCGAUCUAGGGCCUGAUCCACCUGAUUACUUUGCAGAGACAUACAUUUUAUAACUGAAAUUUUCAUAGCGUACUAUUUAUCACCUCAGACUCUUCAACGAAAUGCUGAAUGGACGAAGAACGUAGAUAUCAAUUUCCUGUCAGCACAGAAGUAACAUGAAAUGUGUUCAGGUUAAAUAUCUUGCAAUUUUGUGUUUUAGUUUUGUUAUUAAUCUGCAGCCAAUGAGUAUUACUUUGAUAUUACUGUAUAUAUCUUAUUAAUUGUAAUAAAUUGACCUGCAGUUAAGCCUGAAGAUAGAAUAAAUAAUGCAUAAUUUUUU